AUUUGAUUAAUCAUUAGCAAGUCUUGCAGUGGAACAAGUGUUGCAAAUGGUUGACAAAUACUAUAUAAGUUGGAUUUAGAAAGUUAACAAGAACAUUACUGAAAAGCAAAGUUGACAAGAUCAAUAACAACAAUUAUGAAGACUCUGCUUCCAUUGGUGAUGCUGUUUGGCCUCAUGGCACUUUCAUACGCGCAGACUAUAGACUACAGUAGGUACCAGUUGGUGACUACUGCUAAAAAAGAUUCGUGUGAGUGUAUGGUGAAGUCCCCAGAAGUGUCACGACCAGCAGACAUGUGUACUCCUCAAGCAAAAUAUGACAAACUUGAGGAACUAAAGGCGACAGCUGCCAGCUUAAUAGAAUUUCUCAAGACAUUGAGCACAAAGGGGCUGAAAGACAAGGUAGUAGAACUCACUGCUAGAGUAGAUGCUGUUGAUUCUAAGAUGGAUGACCUAAAGGUGGCAGUCAGUGUUCAGAACCUUACAGUGCUUCGACUUGAGUUGGAUAUCAUGUCUGGAUUAAUUGACCAUAUCCCAGUAACAGCCCAGAACAAUGCAACAUUGAUACAGAUGAGGGAGGAGAUCGCAAACAUGUCAUCUAUUGUUGAACACUUCCUUAGGCAGGAUCCAGUUGAUAGUGACACCGACCUGUUGGCAGAGAUAACCCAGCUGAGAGCUCAAUUGGCCAAGCUAAAGGGAGACCUAGGGGACAACAUUGAAGAUGGCUAUAUCUUCCCUGGAGAUUUGACCUCAGUAAAGGAUGCCUUAGAUGAUGAAAUAUGUGAAACAAAGAGACCAAUUAAAAUCGGACAACCUGUGACUCACCAAUACUUUGGAGUAACUGGGACUUGGUUCAAAGAUGCACUUCCUUCAGAAGAAAACAAAACUCACAUAUUUGCACUGAAGGGUCAUGUUGGGAAUCCUUAUAUCCAUCAAUGGAAUAACCAUAAAGAACUUUUAAAAGAUUACGUUGGUAACCAAAUCAACAGGAUCCACCCCGAUUAUCUAUAUGGAGCUAAUAUUGCGAUGUACAAAAGCAACCUCUAUUACUUGGAUAAUUCGGGUGAAAUUGUGCGAAAGGAUAUUUGGAAUGACCAUGGAAGUUCAUACAAAGCAAGGGCAAAGAUUGCAGGUGGCCACACUAACUUGUACUACAACCGUGGAAACGACUACACCUACAUUGAUAUCAACGUGGACGAAAAGGGCUUAUGGGCUGCAUACACCAAUGGAUCAGAUGCUACCCACAGCAAUAUCAUGAUAGCCCGACUUGAUCCAACUGACCUACAUACGAUAGAAACAUGGGAUAGCACUAUCUCAAAGAAAUCUGUGAGCAAUGUGUACUUCAUCUGUGGUGUUAUGUACACCAUGAAUACCUAUACUGAUCCAAGCCCAGAUGAGACCCAGUGGGGCUUCGACACCAAGAGCAACCAAAGGAUUUUCACCCCGCUGACAGUUCCAGCAUUGUUCAGGAGCAUGUAUUCCAUGUCAUACAAUCCCAGGGAGCAAAUGCUGUUCGCCUAUGACAAUGGGCACAUUGUAUCAUACAAAGUGUUCUUUAAUUGAUACUAUUAUGGACAUGUCUGCUAUAUGAGAUAUCUAAGUGAAAUUAAAACAUUCAGACAUUCUUAUAAAUUAAAUAUAACACGAGAUAAAGUUUCAAAAUUUAUUGUUAUAUCAAAUAUAGUGAAAACAAAAAUAAAUUUCAAAUAAAAAUUAUUGCAAACAAAUAUUUAUGGCUUGGUUAUUAGUGGUCAGCUUUACAAACAUAGAAGGUUCAUUAAAAAUGAUACAUGUCAUUGCUUGAGGACCUUCAGUAAUUGCAAUCAGUUUCAUCGAUACCCAAAUGUACACACUAUCACGAAUGUAUUAUUUUACCAAAGCAACGGACUAAACAUCCGCAUUUAUCUGCAAUUGUAAACUUUUGAACAUGUAGGCAUGACAAACAAUGGUUUACCAAAGAUUGCACUUUCUGGAAACGUCACCCUCUAUUUACCCAUUUUGAAAUCAGCAGCCAUAAUUGACAUUCCUUAAAUUAUUAGAAAGGGGUUCUAUUCUUGUCAAAUAGGAGCAUAUACAAUUCGGACCAAAUCUAAUAACAGGUAUUUCAGUUUACAAAUAUCAUAGUUCUUCGAAAAAAUAUUUUUACAAAAAAGGCAUGCAAUUUAAUUGAGCAGUCAUAAUUGGUGUUCCUUUCUUCAGAAGAGGUCAUAUUCCGUGAGAUAUUAGCUAUAAAACGUGGACCAAAUCUACUAACUGAUAUUUCAGUUAGCCUAUCAGCAAUUAUAUUUCUAUAAAAGGAGCACGUAGGUUAUCGCAA